GGUCGUGUGAAACUAACCUUAGUUAUCCCAGUAAAUCUAGUGGUAAAAAGUUUUCUAUGAUCGUGGAGGUAGUAGGUAUAAAUAUGUAAGGAAGCAACAAAAAAAAAAUCUUAAAAAAAAGGCGAUAGAAAUUAAAAAUGAUUACGUUUGUGAAUGUAGCUAACAUUCUAGUUCGCGAGAAUAGUGUAUUUGGAAACGUCAUCCGACAUUAUGCGUUUAAAAGUGAUCUUAAAAUCAAGUGGGUUCGACCGUUGAAAAUACCUUGCUUCCUACCAGAAAAAUCGGGCGAUUUGGAAGGAGUUCCCUCUGUAGACACGAAACAGCCCAUUCUUGAGUUCCGCAACUCUGAAGAAUUGGAAACUGCAAACGAGCAUGUCAGAAAACUGUUUUCUCUUGAAUUUUCUCCUCUAAAGUACACUAGAAAGGUUUAUUUCCAUGAACUAGUAAAUCAAGUUCAGAGGCAUAAUUUUGAUCACUCAACUAUAGAAGCGAAAAUAGCAAAAUGGACAGGAAGGAUCAGAGCAUGGCAGGAGUGCAUGGAACGCUAUCCGAGAAAUGUUCGUCUAAAGGUAAAACUUAAGGAACUAAUUGACAAAAGGAAAAAGCAUCUCAAAUAUCUCAGAAGGUGGGACUAUAAAAAGUUUGAAUGGCUACUGGAAGUAUUAAAUAUUGUAUACAAACCUCCACCGAAUGAGUUUCAUUGGAUUACUCGCAAAGAGUCACUUGUCAAAUUAACUAACAAGUAUUGUGAGAAUAUCAAACAACAAAGACUUGAGGUCUAUAGGUUGCAGCUCGAGAGUGAACAUCCCGCAUUCUUAGAGGAAAAAAUUCGUGCUCUGCAUUUCAUUCGUGAUGAACAGAAAGAGUGUGGUGUAGAAGUGACCAUUUCUGAAGAAGAAAUUGAAAAUGUUAGGGUUCAACUCCAAAAUCUAAACAAUAAAAUGAAAGAAACUGAUGAAUAAUUUGAACAACAAAAAUAAAGAAAGUACCUUAUUACCAAAAUAAA